UGGGCCUCGUUGUUUUGAGAGCCUACGAGGCACGGCAAAGCGAGAGAAAGCCCAUUCCAUCGGACGGUAUCAAAUCAAACCUAAUAAAUCGUCGCGGUCAUCUCCCGCGAAAUCUGAAAUGUCCCUCAAAUUUCCCGCCCAAAAAAAAAAAGAGAUAGAAACAGAAAUCCCACAACCAAGAAACAUUCACUUUCGCCACUCGUUGCUCCGGCGAAACUAGAAGAACAGCCACAAGAUCCUCCGUCUGUUAACUGAAAGGAACUUACCGGAGCUGCGAUGAAGAUCCGGUCGGUGAAGCUCCGAGAAGCCCACAGGGCCGCCAGCAAUGGCAAACCUUCGUUCUGCUCCGUCCUCUGGGAUCAACAAGCCUACCAUAUUGUCACUGCUUCGUCUUCCGAAUCCGCCAUAUCCAUCCACGAUUCUCUUCUUCCUUCCAGUACUCCGAAGAUCAUUCAUCAUCACCGCGAAGGUGUCACGGCGCUCGCUCUUAGCCCCAAUUCCACCUGCCUCGCUUCUGGAUCCAUGGAUCGAUCCGUCAAGCUCUACAAGUUUCCCGGUGGAGAAUUUGAGACGAAUAUCACCAGAUUCACGCUGCCAAUACGCAUCCUUGCGUUUAAUAAAUCCGGAAGCCUCUUAGCAGCUGCGGGAGAUGAUGAUGGCAUUAAGCUGAUUAACACGGUGGAUGGUUCAAUUGCAAGAGUUUUGAAAGGACAUAAAGGAUCCGUUACUGGGUUGGCGUUUGACCCCAACAGUGAAUACAUGGCAUCGGUGGAUUCAGUUGGAACUGUAAUUUUCUGGGAACUCCAAUCUGGAAGUAUAAUACAUAACCUUAAAGGCAUAGCUCCUCACACUGGUACGGAUCCUUCUGUCAUGAAUGUUCUAAGCUGGAGCCCUGAUGGAGAGAUGUUAGCGGUUCCAGGUUUAAGAAAUGAUGUUGUGAUGUAUGAUCGAGAUACCGCUGAAAAGUUGUUUUCAUUGAGGGGAGAUCACACUCAACCUGUUUGUUUCCUGUCAUGGUCACCAAAUGGCAAAUACAUGGCUACUUCUUCCUUGGACAGGCAAAUUCUGAUAUGGGAUGUUGAUCAGAAGCAGGAUAUUGAUAGGCAGAAAUUUGAUGAAAGGAUAUGUUGCAUGUCAUGGAAACCAAUUGGCAAUGCUCUGGCUGUUAUUGAUGUCAUGGGUAAAUAUGGGGUGUGGGAAUCAGUUGUUCCAUCUUCAAUGAAACCUCCAACUGAAGAUAUCCCAAAACUGCAAUCAAGAAAUAGCAAUGGCUUACUCUUGUUUGAUGAAGAGGAUGAGGAACCUAGUGCACCAGGCAACUUGAGUGACCUGGGAGAAGAUAGCCAUUAUGAAUCUGAAUUUCCAACUCGAAAAAGAUUGCGUAAACAUUCAACGCAUGAAGAAGUCCUGGAUGAGGAGGCUGAUAGCGAAGAAUUUAGCUUGUUCCCAAAGUUGGAGUCGUGCAAUAUGUCGCAUCGAGUUAAAAGGGGAAAGCCAGAUAAUAUUGAUGGGGGAGCUGUGAGCAUUGCAACGUCUAGUAGAGUGAAACUACAGGAGGCUUUUCAACCAGGAGCAACUCCCUUGCAGCCAGGAAAGAAGCGCUUUUUGUGUUACAAUAUGCUUGGAAGUAUAACAACUUUUGAACAUGAUGGGUACUCCCACAUAGAGAUAGAUUUUCAUGACACUGGGAGUGGCCCACGAGUUCCUUCAAUGAAUGAUCAUUUUGGUUUUACGAUGGCUGCACUGAAUGGAAAUGGCAGUGUCUUUGCUAACCCUUGCAAGGGUGAGAAGAAUAUGAGCACUAUAAUGUAUCGCCCGUUUGGUAGCUGGGCAAAUAACAGUGAGUGGUCUAUGAGAUUUGAUGGAGAAGAAGUUAAGGCUGUGGCAGUUGGUUCCAGAUGGGUGGCUGCAUUUACAAGUCUUAAUUAUCUUCGCAUCUUCACAGAGGGUGGUUUACAGAAACAUAUUCUUUGCCUUGAUGGGCCAGUGGUGACUGCAUCUGGCUUCAAGGAUGAACUUGCAUUUGUGACUCAUUCUUCAACCUGUCUACCCUCAAACGACCAGAUGCUCGAGUUCAGAAUAUUAAACAUCUCUAAUGGAACACAGUCCUUAAGAGGAUGUCUGCCGUUAACUCCAGGCUCACAUCUCGCAUGGUUUGGAUUUAGUGAAGAAGGAAAAUUGAGUUCCUACGAUUCUAAGGGUGUACUCAGAGUGUUCACAAGUCAAUAUGGUGGCAGUUGGCUCCCAUUAUUCAGUGCCAGUAAGGAGAAGAAAUCGGAUGAAAAUUAUUGGGUGGUUGGGUUGAACGCAAACAAGUUGUUCUGUGUGAUAUGCAAAAAUCCUGACUCAUACCCACAGGUGACACCUAAACCAAUUCUUACUCUGCUAAAUCUUUCAUUUCCUCUUGCACUAUCUGAUCUGGGCGCAGAAGCUCUCGAGAAUGAGUUUAUGACGAAUAAUAUGCAUCUCACUCAGAUCAAUAGCAGAAUGGAGGAAAUGGCAUUGCUUGGAUUUGACACCACGGAACUGGAUGAUGAGGCAUUCAGUAUAGAAGCUGCUCAAGACAGAUGCAUCUUAAGGCUCAUUGCUUCCUGCUGCAAUGGUGAUAAGCUUGUCAGGGCUACUGAACUUGUGAAACUUUUAUCGUUGGAGAAAUCGGUUAAGGGUGCAAUUAAGCUGGUUACUGCCUUGAAGCUUCCUAACUUGGCGGAACGUUUCAAUGCCAUACUAGAGGAAAGGUUGCUUAAUGAAGCUAAAGGGACUGUGGAAACCACCCUUUCAAGAACCAACUUCAAUGGAUCUGUCAUACCUAAUGGUACAACCAGUAGCACAGUUAAUUCUGCAAUAAAAGCCAAAAGUUCAGAAGUUACUUGUCCAUCCUCACCUAAAGCUCCAAUACUCUCUGCACCUUUGUUUAUAAAGAAACUCAAGUCUGAAGGAGCAAAACCCAAUGCUGCAAAAACAGAAGAAAAGCAAACUUCAGCAGUCAACGAGACAUCAAAAAUGCAGAACUCCAAAGGAACAGAAAACAGUGGCGACACAAAUAUGGUUGUAGAUGUGAAGAAAGCAGCAACAUUGAGUAAUAAUCAGCAUUUCAACUUAUCCAGUAUUCAGAAGGUUAAGGCAGGAGAUGUGCAUCAAGUUCAAUGUAAUCGCCCCGCUAAUCCGUUCUUGAAGUCGUCUGUCAAGUAAGCUGUUUGUCUAACCAAAACAUCUUUCACAAUCAUAUCAUAAGAAAGUAGUACAUCAGAUGGGGCUGUAUUGUUCAUUCAGCAGCUGGUUGAUCUUAAAUCUUACAUUCUUGCUUUCUGAUACUUCCAUUGUUUAUAAUCUGGAGGAAGAUUAUUUUAUUGUAAAUUAUGAGGCAGUAGAAGUUAAGAAAUGGAUCAUGAUGUAAUUACCAAUGUGUUAGGCCUGCAAGUUUCUUAUUUUCAAGCAAUUAUAAUGUACAGUUCUAUUAUAGCAUAAAGGGGCCAAACCUUCAUCAAUUGUUAUGUUAUGAUUUAUGAAUGUGUUUUUUCUCCGCUUUA